ACAUUAUUGUGCAACAAAAUGAGGGGUGUAGUAGUGUUUUGUUUUUUAUUUGCUCUAGCGGUUGCGCAAGAGUUGGCAGAACCGUGUGAUGAAGAGGCGUGUCAACUGCCAAAUUGUAGAUGCUCAAAUACUAAUAUACCUGGAGGUCUGGCUGCUAGGGAUACGCCUCAGUUCGUCAUCCUAACCUUCGACGAUGCUGUCAACAACAUCAAUAUAGAAACCUACAGGGAUAUCAUUUAUAACCGCCGGAACACCAACAACUGUACAGCUGGUGCCACAUUCUACGUCAACCAUGAGUACACCGACUACCAACGCGUCAACGAAUUGUACAAUCAAGGCUACGAAAUCGCUCUUCAUUCGAUCUCCCAUGUCACCAAUCAGACGUAUUGGGCUGAAGCGACUUAUGAAGAUAUGGCGCUGGAGUUCGGAGAACAGGUUGAACAGAUGGCUCACUUUGCUAACAUCCCUGCCGACAGUGUAAAGGGUAUUCGGAUCCCAUUCCUUCAAAUGACUGGCAACGCCAGUUUCCAAGUGAUGGCCGACUACAACCUCGAAUACGACUGCUCCUGGCCUACUGUUGCCAGCAUCAACCCAGGAUUAUGGCCUUACACCUUGGACUAUGCUUCGACUCAGGACUGCGUCAUUCCUCCUUGUCCAACUGCUUCUAUCCCUGGAGUUUGGGUGUUGCCUAUGGUAACCUGGAGGGAUCUCAACAAUAACCCUUGCUCUAUGGUUGACAGCUGUUUAGGAAUUCCGAGCACCGAAGACGAAUGGUACCAAUUCAUAUUGGAAAAUUUCGAGCGCCACUACUUGGGCAACCGCGCACCGUUCGGCUUCUACAUCCAUGAGUGGUACAUCAGGGAUGACGUCAACCCCCACGUCCGUAGGGCUUUGAGAAGGUUCUUGGACUUGAUCAACAACCUCUAUGACGUCUUCAUGGUUAACUCCAAACAGGUCAUCGACUGGGUGAAGAACCCUGUCCCCCUAAAUGAGUACAUCCAACAGCCUUGCAGAACAUUCACUCCGACCUUCUGCUCACCAGCCACUUGUCCAGUCGCCGCUGCACAUAACUUGAACGUUUACUGGAUGUCUAUCUGCAACGUUUGCCCACGAGUGUACCCAUGGCUGGGUAACCCCCUCGGGCAAUAAGUUUACAAUGUAAUUUUUUUUGGUACAUCUUUUUAAUAAAUAAUUUAUUACACAAUCAAA